AGAAUAUGGUAGGAUACUGUGAUAGGAGCGUAGUCUUUAUCUUGAACUUUUAUUUCUAUAUAUGUCUACCUACCUAGAUUAUCUAGUUACCUUAGGUAUGUACAAAUACAGGUCGUCUUAACUAUACGUACCUAUAUAUCCCGAGACAAAACUACGGCCACGGCCUAAUAAGUUAACAACCUCUUAUUUAUUUAUAUACUAAGAGCCACAAACCCAGCCAUGACAUCGCCACCUACCCCCCUAACACAAGAGCAGAAGGACUUCUUCCUCGCGAACGGCUACCUCAAGUUAAGCAACUGCUUCACGCCCGAGCAAGCCGCCUUCGUAACCGAGGGGGUAUGGACGCGCCUGGGCAUGUCGCCGACAGACAAGUCGACGUGGACCAAGGAGAAAACCAACAUGCCGUCGCACCGGACCUUCGACUGCGCCGAGUUUGCGCCCAAGGCGUGGCACGCCAUCUGCGAGCUGUGCGGCGGCGAGGACCGCGUCAACCCCGAGUCCCGGCAUUGGCGGGACUCGCUGAUCGUCAACUUGGGCACGGCGGAGAGAGAGGGCACACCGGUCCCGCCUAAGGAGCUGACGAAUUGGCACGUCGAUGGCGAUUUCUUCGUGCAUUACCUGGAUAGUCCCGAGCAGGCGCUGCUUGUGAUUCCGCUGUUUACGGAUGUUGUUUCGGAGGGAGGGGGGACGAUGCUUUGCCCGCCGGCUAUCGAUCGGGUUGCGAAGCAUUUGUAUGAACACCCGGAAGGCGUAUCGCCGCGCAUGGUACCCCGGGCGCACCCGGAUUUCCCACGCGAGAAGAACCUAGAAUGGUACGUCGACAUCGCGCGAGACUGCGCGGACACCGAAUUCGUCGAGGCGACGGGCGUCGUAGGCGACGUGUACCUGCUCCACCCCCUAAUGAUGCACAGCGCAACGAGCAACGCGCGGCGCGCCGUGCGCAUCAUCACGAACCCCCCGGUCAGCAUCCGGGAGCCGUUCCGCUUCGACAGGCCGAGCGGGGAGGAGGAGUACAGCCUCGUGGAGCGGAAGACUAUGGCGGCGGUGGGCGGGCCGGAGAUGUUGAAGGGGUGGCGGAUCACGACGCCGAGGGAACGGGUGGUCCCGGAAAGAGUGCGGAUUCAGGAGGCGAUGAAGCGGGAGGAGUUGCGUAGGUUGGAGGAGGAGGAGGAGCGGAGGCUGAGACAGGGCAAGGUUGCUGCUGCGGCGGCGGCUUGA